AUGGAACCCACUCUAGAUGAACAGUGGCCCCUCAAUAAAUGGUUGGUCAUCCUCAACAGACGACCUUAUAUCCUCUACAGACGACAUUACAUCCUCAAUAGACGACCGUACAUCCUCUACAGACAACCUUACAUCCUCAACAGACAACCUUACACCCUCCACAGACAACCUUACACCCUCAACAGACGACCUUACAUCCUCUACAGACGACCUUCCACCCUCAACAGACAACCUUACAUCCUCAACAGACAACCUUACAUCCUCAACCUUACAGACAACCUUACACCCUCUACAGACAACCUUACAUCCUCAACAGACGACCUUACACCCUCAACAGACGACCUUACAUCCUCAACAGACGACCUUACACCCUCAACAGACGACCUUACACCCUCAACAGACAACCUUACACCCUCAACAGACAACCUUACAUCCUCUACAGACAACCUUACAUCCUCUACAGACAACCUUACACCCUCCACAGACAACCUUACACCCUCAACAGACAACCUUACACCCUCAACAGACAACCUUACACCCUCAACAGACAACCUUACAUCCUCUACAGACGACCUUACACCCUCAACAGACAACCUUACACCCUCUACAGACAACCUUACACCCUCAACAGACGACCUUACAUCCUCUACAGACAACCUUACAUCCUCUACAGACAACCUUACAUCCUCAACAGACAACCUUACAUCCUCUACAGACGACCUUACAUCCUCUACAGACAACCUUACACCCUCCACAGACAACCUUACAUCCUCAACAGACGACCUUACAUCCUCUACAGACAACCUUACAUCCUCUACUGACAACCUUACAUCCUCUACAGACAACCUUACAUCCUCAACAGACGACCUUACACCCUCAACAGACGACCUUACAUCCUCAACAGACGACCUUACACCCUCAACAGACGACCUUACACCCUCAACAGACAACCUUACACCCUCAACAGACAACCUUACAUCCUCUACAGACAACCUUACAUCCUCUACAGACAACCUUACACCCUCCACAGACAACCUUACACCCUCAACAGACAACCUUACACCCUCAACAGACAACCUUACACCCUCAACAGACAACCUUACAUCCUCUACAGACGACCUUACACCCUCAACAGACAACCUUACACCCUCUACAGACAACCUUACACCCUCAACAGACGAUCUUACAUCCUCUACAGACAACCUUACAUCCUCUACAGACAACCUUACAUCCUCAACAGACAACCUUACAUCCUCUACAGACGACCUUACAUCCUCUACAGACAACCUUACACCCUCCACAGACAACCUUACAUCCUCAACAGACGACCUUACAUCCUCUACAGACAACCUUACAUCCUCUACUGACAACCUUACACCCUCAACAGACAACCUUACACCCUCAACAGACGACCUUACAUCCUCUACAGACAACCUUACAUCCUCUACUGACAACCUUACAUCCUCUACUGACAACCUUACAUCCUCUACAGACGACCUUACACCCUCAACAGACAACCUUACAUCCUCAACAGACGACCUUACAUCCUCAACAGACAACCUUACACCCUCCACAGACAACCUUACAUCCUCAACAGACAACCUUACACCCUCUACAGACGACCUUACACCCUCAACAGACAACCUUACAUCCUCUACUGACAACCUUACAUCCUCAACAGACGACCUUACACCCUCAACAGACAACCUUACAUCCUCUACUGACAACCUUACAUCCUCAACAGACAACCUUACAUCCUCUACAGACAACCUUACAUCCUCAACAGACGACCUUACAUCCUCUACAGACGACCUUACAUCCUCUACAGACAACCUUACAUCCUCAACAGACAACCUUACACCCUCAACAGACAACCUUACAUCCUCUACUGACAACCUUACAUCCUCUACAGACAACCUUACAUCCUCUACAGACAACCUUACAUCCUCUACUGACAACCGUACAUCCUCUGCAGACGACAUUACAUCCUCAACAGACAACCUUACACCCUUAACAGACAACCUUACAUCCCCUACAGACAACCGUACAUCCUCUACUGACAACCGUACAUCCUCUGCAGACGACAUUACAUCCUCAACAGACAACCUUACACCCUUAACAGACAACCUUACAUCCUCUACAGACAACCUUACAUCCUCUACUGAUCACCGUACAUCCUCUACAGAUCACCGUACAUCCUCAACGAACGACUGUACAUCCUGUACAAAAAACGUUACAUCCUCUACAGACGACCUUACAUCGUCUACAGACAACCGUACAUCCUCUACUGACAACCGUACAUCCUCUACAGACGACCUUACAUCGUCUACAGACAUACUACACAGAAUAUAA